GAGCCUGCAUAGAGGCUGACACCAUGGAGCUGGCAAGUGCAGUCUCCCUCUUCUUGGUCGCCUCCCUCUCCUGCCUCGUCCUGAUGUUCGUCCGGAGGAAGUCCUCUGCCAGGGGCCGGCUGCCUCCUGGACCCCCUCCUCUGCCUCUGGUUGGGAACUUCUUGCAGAUGAAGGCAUUCAAAACCUUGUCCUCCCUCCUCAAGCUGCGGGAAAAAUACGGCCCCGUCUUCACGGUCUAUUUUGGAAACCGCCCGAUUGUGGUCUUGUGUGGCUACGAAGCAGUGAAGGAGGCCCUGAUUGACAAGGCGGAAGAAUUCUCCGGGAGGAAAACCAACCCUACCCUGCAGAAGACCUUCCAGGAUCACGGGGUGGCCUUUUCCGAUGGGGAGCGCUGGAAGCAGCUGCGCCGGUUCUCCGUAACCAUCCUGAGGAAUUUUGGAAUGGGGAAGAAAUCCAUCAAGGAGAGGAUUCAAGAGGAGGCCCAGUUCCUGCUGGAGGAAUUUCAGAAAACCCAAAAGAAGCCCUUCAACCCCAUCUUCUUCCUCAGCUGUGCCGUGUCCAACGUCAUCUGUUCGAUCGUCUUCGGCGAUCGCUUUGAUUACAAAGACAAGGAAUUUCUGACUCUCAUGAAGAUGAUGAACGACAGCUUUCGGCAGAUGAGCAACAGCUGGUCUCAGUUCUACGAUAUCUACGCCAACCUCCUGAAAUACUUCCCAGGGCCCCACACCAAGAUCUCUGACAUCCUGGAGGACGUAAGGCUCUUCAUUGCCAGGAGGGUGAAGAAGAACAAGGAGACCCUGGACCCCAACUCUCCCCGGGAUUACAUCGACUGCUUUCUCAUCCAGAUGGAGAAGGAGAAGGACAAUCCGGACACCGAAUUCAACCAGAAGAACCUGGAGAUGACCACACUGAACCUGUUUUUUGCUGGGACGGAGACGGUCAGCUCCACCCUGCGAUACGGAUUUCUGUUGCUGAUGAAGUACCCUGAAGUGCAAGCAAAGAUGCAGGAAGAAAUCGACCGUGUGAUUGGCCAGAACCGGAUCCCCAACAUUGAAGACCGGAGCCAGAUGCCCUAUGUGGACGCGGUCAUCCAUGAAGUACAGCGGUUCAGUGACCUCAUCCCCAUGAACUUGGCCCAUGCGGUCACCCGUGACACGGAAUUCAGAGGCUACCUUAUUCCGAAGGGCACAGAAGUCUUUCCCAUGCUCAGCACCGUCUUGCAUGACGGCACCAAAUUUAAAAGUCCUGAAGGGUUCCACCCGGAGAACUUCCUGGAUGAGAAGGGGUGCCUGAAGAGGAAUGAUGCCUUUGUCCCCUUCUCCGCAGGGAAACGCAUCUGCCUGGGGGAAGGCCUGGCCCGGAUGGAGCUCUUCCUCUUCUUCACCACCAUCCUACAGCGGUUCCGGCUGAAGCCCGUGGUGGAGCCCAAGGACAUCGACCUGACACCCCAGGAAUUCGGCUUUGCCACCAUCCCGCCCCUGUAUGAGCUCUCGGUCAUCCCCCGCUGAGAGGAGGGAGCCAUGCGGGCGGGCGAGUGUGCCCUGCCUCUGGACUCCUGUCCUUUUGCACCAGCUGGGCUUUCAGCAAGAGCUGCACGCAGUGGUGAAAUGUAAAAUGUGUUACUACCAGUGCUGUGGGCGUGGCUUGGUGGGGAUGUAAUAUGACUGAGUGGGCAUAGCCAACCUUUUUUUUUUUUUUUACUUUUAAAAUCAUUUUUUCUACAAUCUCUUCGGCUGAAGAGGUUGUUAAAAAAAUGCUAAAGCCUCUGAUGAUCCCAGCUGACUUGCCUGAUUGGCAGAAGCUUUUUUUCCUUUUAAAAACAUUUUUUCUAUAACCUCUUCGGCCAAAGAGGGUGUAGAAAAAAUGCUUUUAAAAAUAAAAAAAAAGCCUCUGACAAUUGCGCGGCUCAGCUGGGCAAUGGGGGGGGAGAGGAAUUUUUGCUACCAGUUCUCCGAACCACCCGCCUCCAUCGCUACCAGAUCGGGCGACCAGGUCCGAACCGGGAGCAUUUCACCCCUGACUGCACGGCCCCCUUCUCUGCACCCCACCCGGGGCCAGGAUCUCUGAGGGGGGUUGGGAAAAAAUACCUCUUCCAAGUUUUUGCCUUGAAAAUAUAAAGCUUUGCGAGGAUGCAGAUGAUCUGAACUGGUGCAGCCCUGGUUUCUUCUAAGCUCUGUGUGUGUGUGUGUGUGUGUGUGUGUGUGUGUGUGUGUGUGUGUGUCAGGGCUUGUUUCCUGGUUGUUAUUGUGCCCCAACACAAUCACUGGGGUAAAUCUAUGAGAGGGGCCAAUCACCUCCAAGGUGGCCUACGUGAUGUUGCUUCAAAAGAGCAAAGCAAAAGAAGUAGGAGAGAGCAAAAGCCAGAGAAACGGUCAUCUGCCCAGCACGUUGCCAUAAAAAGCCACAGGAUCCCCUUGCCUCACCCCCACCCCUGGCCUGUCCCGGACCCGAUGGCCCCGAAUGUGACACUCAGGAAGUCCAUUUACAGGGGGCAUGGAUGCCCCCUGUAAGUGGACUCCCUCUCGCUCAGGCCGUGAGCUUUGUGGGGUGAGGAAAGGGCUGGACAAAAGACCAGGGAUCCUUCACCCCUGUUUCUUGGGUCAGUAGAACAACUGGUCUGCAUUGUCUGGGGCUUCCUUCAGCCAUCUUGGAGGGCUGGAGAAGAAUGGCUACCAGGCAGCACCAGUGCGCACCAAGUCAGAUACUUGGGCCAGAUUCUGGGCCUAUUCCAGGACAGGCCCAUCAGUGCCAGCUGAGCUGGAGCAACUCUCUGGGCAGAACAAGAAGAUCCAGAUGGACUGGCCAAGUUUCAGCGGGAUCUGGAACAUAUGCUGAUGGGUUUCAGCCAUCUGAAGGGAAAGCAGCUCACCCAGAAAUGAGAGGACCCCCCAAAGCAGCAACACCUUUGCCAAACCACAGUUCCCAGGCUGCCUUCACACAAGGUGCCUGUCGGUGGUGAAAUCUGAACUGGUUUACUACCGGUUUACCGUGGUCAGCCAGGCUAGCUGAAGCCCAGUUGCCAACUUCUGGGCAAGCCAAAGCCUUCAAAAACUUUAGCAAGCAGUUCUCUGCCCCGUGGCCUAGUCGGAAUCCUGCACCACGGCUGGGGGUGGGGGCGUUUUUGCCCUCCCUGGGCUCUGGGGGCUUUCUUCGAGCCCCCGGGAGGGCGAAAACCGCCUCCCCAGGCUCUGGGAAGCUGGAAAGCCCACUCCUCAGUGGUGGGUUUCAAAAUUUUUUACUACCGGUUCUGUGGGUGUGGCUUGGUGGGUGUGGCAGGGGAAGGAUACUGUAAAAUCUCCAUUCCCACCCCACUCCAGGGGAAGGAUACUGCAAAAUCCCUAUUUCCUCUCUAUCAGCUGGGACUUGGGAGGCAGAGAAUAGAUGGGGGCAGGGCCAGUCAGAAUUUUUACUACCGGUUCUCCGAACUACUCAAAAUUUCCACUACCGGUUCUCCAGAAUUGAUCAGAACCUGCUGAAACCCACCUCUGCCACCCCUGCUUCCCAUGCUUGGGACACUUUUGCAGUUGGAGAGCAGCUAUUUUAAAGAGAGACUUGUCUCUAUUCUGUCUCCUGGGCUGUGAGCCACUGAACCCCCUCCCCCAAUCCUCCUGGCUCCUCCAGGCCCUUUAGACAGACUCAGGGCCCCCCUGGUGAGCUCAGCAAAGCCUGGCCUGCAAAGAGAGAGAGCUUUGCAUAAGCUGAAUUUCAAUCAUGUGACUUAUGCGGGUGUGUGUGCUGAAACAAGUUUUAAAUGUGAGGACCAGGUUUGAGACAAUUUUUUUCGGUGCCAUUCUAAUUUUGAAUGGUCACUAAACGAACGGCUGCAAUUCAAGGACCACCUGUAAUGCAAAUUUCUGGCAGAGUUUGCAGAACUGAAGGAGCUUCUUGGAUGAGAAGCGAAACGUCUUCAAGGAAAAACAAAAUCCGGUUGCCUUUUGAAAAAGUAUUUUUGUGACAACCACGACCUGGAUGAUUGUGAAUCUCCACGGACACUAAGCCGUGAUGUGAUUUUUCUUUCUUUCUUUUUUUUUAAAUAGUUUUUAUUGAAUAUAAAUAUUAAAAAAGACAUACGUAACAUAUACACAACAAACAUUUAUACAACAUAUACACAAAAAGAGUGUAAUUUCUUCUUAAGCAUUUUUUCAGAGUGACGUUCUACAAUUCUAUUUAUAAUAUAUUCCUUCACCUCUCUUUAAUCUAAUAAUAUUUUUUAUUACAUAUAUAUGUAUCAAUCAGUAAUAUAUCCCCUAUAUUUUUUGUAUAUUUCUAAUUUUUAACCAAUUAUACCAAUUAUUCCAUAUUUUAUAAUAGUCUGAUUCUUCUUUUUCUUGUAAUUCUUUGGUUAACCUAUCCAUUUCAGUGCAUUCUAAAAUUUUCCCUAUUACUUCUGUUUCACUUGGUAUUUUUUCUUGUUUCCAAUUUCUUGCAUAGGUUAUUCUUGCAGCAGUUAAUAUGUGGAUUGUAAGAUAUUUGAUAUCCUUAGGGUAUGAUUUGUUAAAUAUUCCUAAUAAAAAUGUUUCUGGUUCUUUUUCAA